GUUAACCACCACAUACUCCUGUCGACCCUCAAGGCUAUGGAUGUCUCUGGAGUGGUGCUACAAUGGUUCAGGUCUUACCUCACAGCCUGGCGAUCCGACUGUUUCUGCACGCAUUUUAGCAUGCCUAGCCGACAUUUUGCUCUGGAUGAACGACCAUCACCUGCAGCUGAACCUUGCAAAAACAGAACUGCUUUUAAUCCCGGCCGACACAAAGACUCAUCACAACUCCAUUCAACUGGGCUCAUCAACCAUCACAUCUUCCAGAACGGCCAGAAACCUGGGAGUGGUGAUUGACAAUCAGCUUAACUUCACUGAUCAGGUUGUCAGCACCACCCGGUCCUGUAGAUUCAUCCUCUACAAUAUUAGGAAAAUUAGACCUUUCGUAUCUGAGCAUGCUACGCAAGUCCUAGUCCAGGCUCUUGUUCUGUCCAGACUGGACUACUGCAAUGUGCUACUGGCUGGAUUUCCAGCUUGCACAACCAAACCUCUACAGAUGAUCCAGAAUGCAGCGGCAAGAGUGGUCUUCAAUGAACCGAAGAGAGCACACAUCACUCCUCUCUCCACUAAGUUACAUUGGCUCCCUAUAGUCGCUCGAAUCAAAUUCAAGACUCUGCUCCUGGCCUACAAGACCACCACUGAUUUGGCACCCCCUUACCUUCACUCGCUAAUGCAGACUUAUAUACCCGCCAGAUCCCUAUGCUCUGCAAACGAACGACGUCUUGUGGUGCCAUCCCAAAAAGGUAAAAAAUCUCUCUCACGUACCUUCUCGGGAUCGGUUCCACAUUUAUGGAAUGAUCUGCCCGCUGCUACAAUAUUAGCAGAUUCUGUGGCCAUCUUUAAGAACCGUCUGAAAACACAUCUCUUCCGUCAACACCUGACUGAUCAGUUCUGACUUCUAUCUCUUUUCUACUCUUUCAAAAAAAAAAAAACUUUUCUCUGUAUACUGUGGUAGACUAUAUGAGACCAGUUUUCUUUAUUGCACUUAUGCUUUUUGUUGUCCUUAUGUUGUUCCAAUUGCUUCCAUUGUUUCCCUCAUCUGUAAGUCGCUUUGGAUAAAAGCGUCUGCGAAAUGACUAAAUGUAAAUGUUUUUGCAGACUUUUUUAUACUGUUGUUGAUGAUGUUGUUGUUGUCACCACCAUGAUCAAGGUUUGUGUGUUCAGUGUUGAAGUGCAUGAUCUUGCUAUCACUAAAGGUUUCUUCAACACACACUUUUU